CGUCACCGUGUCAUGUCGACUGGCAAUGUGCGCCAUUUUGGAAAGAAAAAAAUCACGGGCAAUUCUGGUGGCUCUGAUUCCCGGCUCUUUUAAUUACUUUCCUCCCCCCAUCAGCCGCUUUGCAUCCCGAACGUGACUACUCUAACAAAGCUCAGAGGAACCUCUGGUGACACCAGGUCUGCUGCAGGAAGAAGUAAUGGCAGGUGUCGGAGGUGGGAAUGAUUUCCAGUGGUGUUUCUCCCAAGUGAAAGGAGCCAUAGACGAAGAUGUGGCCGAAGCGGAUAUUAUAUCGACAGUUGAAUUCAACUACUCUGGAGACUUACUAGCUACAGGAGACAAAGGAGGCAGAGUUGUCAUAUUUCAGCGUGAACAGGAGAGUAAAAAUCGGCCACACUCGAGAGGGGAGUACAACGUGUACAGCACUUUCCAGAGUCACGAACCUGAGUUUGACUACUUGAAAAGCUUAGAAAUUGAGGAAAAAAUCAACAAAAUUAGGUGGUUACCCCAACAAAAUGCUGCUCACUUCCUGCUCUCGACAAAUGACAAAACGAUCAAACUGUGGAAAAUCAGCGAAAGGGACAAAAGGGCGGAGGGAUACAACCUGAAAGACGAGGAGGGGAGGUUGCGCGGAGAUCCUUCUAGAAUUACGUCACUACGGGUACCUGUGCUGAUGCCAAUGGACCUAAUGGUGGAAGCAAGCCCUCGGAGAAUAUUUGCAAAUGCACACACAUAUCACAUUAAUUCCAUUUCAGUAAAUAGCGAUCACGAAACAUACCUUUCGGCAGAUGACUUAAGAAUAAAUCUAUGGCACUUAGAAAUCACAGAUAGAAGUUUUAACAUUGUAGAUAUAAAGCCUGCCAACAUGGAGGAGCUGACGGAGGUCAUCACAGCCGCCGAGUGUCACCCACACCAGUGCAAUGUGUUUGUGUACAGCAGUAGCAAAGGAACUAUACGGCUAUGCGACAUGCGCGCCGCCGCCCUCUGCGAUAGGCAUACCAAAUUCUUCGAAGAGCCAGAAGACCCGAGCAGCAGGUCCUUCUUCUCAGAAAUCAUCUCCUCAAUAUCUGACGUGAAGUUCAGCCACAGCGGUCGCUACAUGAUGACGCGAGACUAUCUCUCGGUAAAGGUGUGGGACCUGAACAUGGAGAACAGGCCAGUGGAGACCUACCAGGUGCACGAAUACCUCCGUAGUAAGCUGUGCUCAUUGUACGAGAACGACUGCAUUUUUGACAAGUUUGAGUGCUGCUGGAACGGCUCUGACAGUGCCAUCAUGACCGGCUCCUACAACAACUUCUUCCGGAUGUUUGACCGGAGCACCAGGAGGGACAUCACGCUGGAGGCGUCGCGGGAGAGCAGUAAACCGCGCGCGCUCCUCAAGCCGCGCAAGGUGUGCACCGGCGGCAAGCGCAAGAAGGACGAGAUCAGCGUGGACAGCCUGGACUUCAACAAGAAGAUCCUCCACACGGCCUGGCACCCCAAGGAGAACGUCAUCGCCGUCGCCGCCACCAACAACCUGUAUAUAUUCCAGGACAAAAUCAACUAAAAGAAAAGAAAAGAAAAUCAAUUUAAAAAACGAAAAAAGAUUACAAAAAAAAAACAAAACAACAUAAACAUGGGGCUCAUCCCCGGGGGCAGAUAUUCUUGUACUUGCAUAGUUUAAAGCCUAGUCGUUUAUCUGUAAAAGAAACGGCCUUCUUGUCCUAAUGAAGAAUUUGAUGCACUCGUUUAUCUUGUGUGGCCGAGGGAGAAAUUAAGCCGGGCCCGUUCCUUUUUUCCGAGUCGGUGGCAUGCUUGAGCCCUCGGCGCGGGGGGGGGGGGGGGAGAGUCGAGCGUCCCUGCCCGGGAGAAGCUCAACCUCCCCCAUCAUCACCACCAACCCAACCCACCCCACCCCACUCCACUCCACUCCACCCAUCUCCCCCAAAAAAAGCAGAAUUGAUGGACAGCACUCAACAGAGGCCAAAACUCUCUGAUGUUAGCGUGUUUCAUUUUAAGCCUGAGCCUUCAUGUUAUGAUUUAACGACCAAAUUCAUUGAACACCCAUGGAAUGACAUUUUACUGUCAAAAUGUAGUCUCUUUACUGUAUUUCUGGGCCUUUCUAUGACAUGAAAUUCACUUGUUACCUGUUGACAUUCCGCCCCUGGCCCCUACUUACAGGCCUUUGGUGUUUUACCAUUAAGCACUUAGAACAGGUCGCCAUUUUUGGUCAGUGGACUUUCUUUUUUGUUUUUUUUAAGCCCCUCCCCCCCAUUUUGUUUUUUUCUUCCUUCCCCCUCCUCCAUUUUUUCCUCAUGCAUAGUAACAUUUACUCACUGACUGUAUCUAUAUAACCACACCGUCUGGUGUCAACCACUUAAUAAAAGUAACAAAAACUACAAAGAGACGUGUUUUUAAAUUUUGAAAGAGUAUGUAUAAAAUUCUUAUGUUCUUCUGUUGUUUUGCAUGUGUACAUUGUAGAUUUAAGAGAAAAAAAAAAGUGGAAACAAUGCGAAAAGUCACCCCACUGGCUGUUCGGUAGCAUGACUUAGGAAGAUCUCGUAAUGAACUACUUGAAGCUGCGUUAGCGCUCCAUCAGAAACUGGUUGUCAGCCUUGUUCAGUGUCGGUAUCUUUAUGUUCUUAGCUCCUUAUAAAGGCGUAGUCUGGUAACACAUCAUGAAGCAAUAGGUAUUUACACAAAGGGAAUCUGCAGCCUUAACGCGUACCGUAUGUUUUCUGAAAAAGAAAGAAAAAUUGAAACCCCCCUGUAACUCACCAAUUACAGAUAUGUCCUGGCCGCAUCCCAGAUGUUUUACAGAACGACCGUACCUAGCGUGCAGUUUUAACACUGUUCUUAAAUGUAUUUUUUCCCCUCACCAUUAAGUGCUGCUAUCAGUGGCUCUGUGUCAAAAUGGCAACGGUAAAGAUUAUAGUCAUAUGUAAUAGAUAUUACACAUUAAAAACAGAAUGUGAAUCAAAACCAAGUGCCGAGUGCCUCCCUGAGAAGUAAUCAAUCUAUUCAGAUCAAUAAAACUACACACUGCAUUAUGACAUCACUAAAGUGGAAUUCAUUGGUUCCCUUCACCUUUCUUUUUACUGGGCUACCAUUGAGCACCAUUGUUUGCUAAUGCUAGUAUAGAAUUCGCAGUAGAGAAUAUUGGGGUCAAAGGUUCAAAGUUAUUGUUUCCAUUGUUACGCUUUUCAAUUCAGACACUUGAGUCGAGCGGUCUUUGACCUUGUUCCCUGUUUAAAUAAUUAUGCUAACACAGGGGAAAUGUACACAGUUGUUUGAUUAUUUUGACCAAAGUUAAAUAAAAUUUGAAUUGUGUUUAUCUGAA